AUUAACUGAAGUUCCUGGCUUGCCAAAAGCCUGUCCAAGCAAGGAUGGAAUUAGCAACCAGAGCCGUUAGCAAAUUAAGACACUGCACAACGAGGAGCAGAUUGUACACAGUAACGACUCAGCCUCAUCCUAUUAUCAGCCACUCGACUCAGAACCCAAACCUUCUGCAUAACAUGGAAGACAAUUCCAGAGCCAACGACCCCCCAAUAGACACCGCACAAGUGGAGUAUCGAGAAGCGGCGGCCGUGGCUGUGAGCGAGUCCUCUUCAAUACACAGUGGACAGUUCGGUACAGCACCGCUACCACAAAACCUCCCACAGGUCACCUUCAACACAACCGAGACUUCUUUAGAUCUGUCAGAGUACUUUGAGGACCACCACAGAGCAGUUCUUAAUAAUUUCAUUGAAGGGAGCCAGCCAAACACCAAGAACGGGUUGUACUUUAGAGAUGGGAAGAGGAAAGUGGACUAUGUUUUAGCAUACAACUACAGAACACACGUCUCUAUAAAGAGCGCCUUGGUUUCCCAGGGACUGGCAGUGAUUUCGAAUGGCAACUCUGUGAAUCCAGAAGGGAAGGCCCAGGUGCAAACCUUACAGUCUACACCACACGAGCAAGGGCUCGUCGUGGAAGUAGCUCCCCAGGACCUCCUGGAAGACGAUCGGAGAUGUCGUAGGGAGGCGUUUGAGCGUAACUUGGUGGAGGCUGGGCUCGAGAUCGAAAAGGACGAGGAGAUCAAAAACCAAGGAACUGGCUUCAUCCGAAUACAUGCCCCUUGGCACGCUCUGAGUAGAGAAGCAGAAUUCCUCAAAAUAAAGGUGCCCACAAAACAGGUCUAUGAAGUAAAAGAAGAAGAUGGCAUGAUAACCGCACUUCAUAAAGUUUGGCACAAGAUCACAAGGCCUUUUGAACCCAAGGUGCAACACCUGGAAAAUGACACCAAGACCAAGCACAUCUCUUAUGAUUUCACCAGAGAAAAGAUCCACCUAUACAACAUCAAAGACAAGGAGACGUUCUUCGACAAUGCCACACGGAGUCGAAUAGUCUAUGAAAUCUUGAAGGCCACAGGCAGCACCAAAGGACAGUAUGGCAGUAGAGGUAUUGCAGCUUUAAUAGCAAACGGCACCUACGAUUCAGCCUAUCCACUUCAUGAUGGGAACUAUGAAGGUACUGAGGUGAAUGAGCGGAAGCUGCUGCAUGAAGAAUGGGCCAGAUAUGGUGCUUUUUACAAAUACCAGCCGAUUGAUCUCAUAAGGAAGUACUUUGGAGAAAAUAUCGGACUGUACUUUGCAUGGCUGGGGGUCUACACUGAGCUUCUUAUUCCAGCGUCAGUCGUGGGAAUCAUAGUGUUUCUGUAUGGAUGUGCAACACUGGACACCAACAUACCAAGCCUUGAGAUGUGCGAGUACAACUUUACCAUGUGCCCCCUGUGUGACCAGUUCUGUGACUACUGGAACCUCAGCACAGCCUGUUCCACCGCCAAAGCCAGCCACCUCUUCGACAACCCGGCCACCGUCUUCUUCUCUGUAUUCAUGGCUCUCUGGGCCACCAUGUUUCUAGAGCAUUGGAAGCGGCGACAGAUAAGGCUGUGUUACCAAUGGGAUCUCACUGGGCUGGAGGAGGAGGAGGAGCGAAUAAAGGAGCGUCCACGGCCAGAAUAUGAAACAAAACUGUUGCAGAAGAAUCGGAAGAAGGGGAAACAGAAAAAUAGAAAAAGGAGCAAGACUGAGGCCACGAAAGAGAAAGAGAAUAGGGAUUCUGGCAAAAACAAAUGGAGAGAGAAGGUCCUGUCUAACAUGGGAGAAGAAAACUUGGAGAAGCUGACAUGGAGAGACCGGAUACAUGGCUACUUUAUCGGUCUUUCCUCCAUUUUGUUCAUGUUUGGCCUGACGUUCUCAGCUGUCUUCGGAGUGAUCGUCUACAGAAUAACCACAUCUGCCAUAAUGGCAAUGAGCUCCAAUCCGAGCACCAGGGCAAAUGUCCGAAUCACGGUGACUUCCACUGCCGUCAUCAUCAACCUGGUGGUCAUCCUGAUACUGGAUGAGAUUUACGGGGCGGUGGCCAAGUGGCUAACACAAAUUGAGAUUCCUAAAACAGAGAAGUCCUUCGAGGAGCGACUGAUAGUGAAGUCAUUCCUUCUCAAAUUCAUGAACGCUUACGCACCAAUCUUCUACGUUGCGUUUUUCAAGGGAAGAUUCAUUGGCCGGCCUGGGGACUAUGUUUAUGUUUUCGACAACUACCGGUUGGAGGAGUGCGCCCCCGGAGGCUGUCUGAUGGAGCUCUGCAUACAGCUGAGCAUCAUUAUGCUGGGGAAGCAGCUCAUUCAAAACAAUCUCUUUGAAAUCGGCAUCCCGAAGCUAAAGAAACUGCACAGAAAGCUGAAGGAUAAAGGGACCAAACCUGAAGAAAGCAACACUAACCAGACCAGACCACCCCAGCAAUGGGACCUGGACUAUAACCUGGAACCGUUUACCGGCCUGACCCCAGAGUACAUGGAAAUGAUUAUCCAAUUUGGGUUUGUCACUCUUUUCGUCGCCUCGUUCCCACUGGCUCCUCUGUUUGCUCUUCUGAACAACGUCAUAGAGAUACGACUUGACGCCAAGAAGUUUGUGACCGAGCUGAGGAGGCCUAACGCCGUGCGAGCGAAGAACAUCGGUAUUUGGUACAACAUUCUCAGUGGCAUGGGCAAGUUAUCUGUUAUCAUUAAUGCCUUUGUCAUCUCCUUCACCUCGGAUUUCAUCCCCCGCCUCGUCUACCAGUACUUGUACAGUGAGACUGGCACCAUGGACGGGUUUAUCGACCACACCUUGUCGUACUUCAACGUCAGCCACUUCAAGCCCGGAUCCGCUCCUGUGGCCUCUGAGUUCCACAAACAUAUCGGGGUCUGCAGGUACAGGGACUACAGAGAACCACCUUGGUCAUCAAACCCGUAUGAUUUCUCCAAGCAGUACUGGUCUGUGCUGGCUGCGCGCCUCGCCUUCGUCAUCCUGUUUCAGAACCUGGUGAUGUUGCUCAGCGAGGGGCUGGACUGGAUAAUCCCAGACAUCCCUAAGGACAUCAGCGAGCAGAUCAAGAAGGAGAAGACCCUGCUGGUGGACGUGUUCCUCAAAGAGGAGCACGAGAAGCUGCAGCUGAUCCAGAACUUCCUCCUGAAAGACCGUCCCGCAAAGCCCAACCUGAAGACCUUAGCCCCCCGGAGCCGAGCGACCAGCCUAUGCCAGUUCAGCCCAGAAAAGAAACCCAGCAACGGCUCCCAGCACACUGACGUGUGAGCUCCCCUCUCCCUGAGGAACGAUUCUGCAGACAGACGCGCAAGAAGCCAGCGGAAAUUUUGGGGGUGGAAGAAAGUUGUUUUAAUCACGAAGGGCUACAGAACAUACAUUAUUUUGAGUGCAGAAAUAUUUUAUCAAAUGAACUUUUACUGCUGUAAUGAAUUUUGCACUCUUCCUGUUUUUAUUAAAUCAAAUUUUGUCAUGUUAUUGGAUGGCAAGGAAACCUCACCACAGAGAAUAUUACUGUACUCUUUUCAUGGUUCGCCUGUAACUUGAACCUUAAAUCAGGAAUCUGGUGUGAUAGGAUCAUUAUUAGUUAGUCAAGAGCUUUGUUCUGUCUAUGCCAUGUGAUCUUCCUGUGGGUGUCUUAAUUCCUAUACUUUGUUAAAAGAACUGUGGUUUGUGCUUUUCAAAGUUUUCAUCAUGCAUAAAAAGGACUGUAUAGGGUAAGAAAUGGCCAUUACUUGCCAUUCACAUCUAAUGUUUCAAAAUAGUCCCAAUAGUUUUGAUAUUUUCACUUGCAUAAAUCAGAAGUGGAAUGCGUCCAAACACAAUCCAUGCAAUGAUGAUGCUGGUUUUCAGCUACUACUCAUGUUUUAUUGAUAUGUUUGUAUGACCUGGGCUUUGAAGUCUCCUGCACUUGCCCAUUCCGGGUAGUGGAUUUCAGCGGCUUUACCCUCCAUGACGUCUCUAAAAAUCCAAAACUGAUCAGGUCCUGCCAGCUAUUGCCAUAUCUGAUCUGACGAGUAGUACAAUUAUUAUUAUUAUUAUUAUUAUUAUUAUUAUUAUUAUUAUUAUUAUUUAUUUAUUUAUUUAUUUAUUUAUUUAUUUCUUAGCAGAUGCCCUUAUUCAUUGCAGACUUUAUUCAAGCAAUGGCACUCAGAACAAUUGCAAAUAUCAGAAAAAUGGACAAUAAAGUAAUUUGCAGAUAGUGUGGCCUCUAUUUAUUUUUCUUUUUUCCACUUUAAUUCUGUACACUCAAUCUCAUUUCAUUCCAAUAUAAAAUUCACCUGCCCAAUAAUUUCUCUGAUGGUCUUGUGAAUUGCUGGCACCAGGCAGUUGUUUUUUUCAGCAAUCUGAGGUUUUUGACCCCCAUUCUAGCACCUUUCAGAUUGGACAAUCCUUAAACUGAGGAAACACAAAGCCCCUUUUUCAGGAACAGUGGCUUGAAACCUGGUUCCAGGAGACCAGCGGGAGACCUAGUUGGAGGCAAGUUUGCUGUAUGAAACACCAAGCCUCACUUCGUCUGCCAUGCAGUGGCUUGAAACCUAGUCUCCCGAAACCAAGUUCCAAGCCACAUAGGGCAGGAUUUUCAAAGUUCAGUGUUAACACUUGAACCGCUGAGAUUUCAGACUACAUACAACCGCCCCACCGACAAAAUAUGCGGCUCCGUUUUAAAACGGCUUCGAUAUGAAAAUGAAAAACAAACAAUCGGAAAUAACUUAAUAUUUUUAAAAUUUUCAGAGUAGAAACACCGUAUUUACAUUGGAAAUUAAACUUUUUUCUUAUUUUUUUCAAAAAGAGCACAUAUACAUAAACGUGAACACUGUGAUUAAAUAAACUUUACGCAAAUAAACUUCUGGGUAAACAGGUGUAGAAAGCUGUAUGCACAUAUUAAAUUAUAAAACCUAAAUAACUAGUUAUAAAAAUAGCAUAAAACAAAAAUAUAACAUAACUUCCAACGUGAAAGCGCUUUUGAGUGAAACAGUUCAAAGGCUCUGUCUGUCUGUUCAGAGUUCUAUUACAGCUUUCUAAGUACAAUCUAUGCAGAAAACACGUUUUUCAAUUGUACCAGUGCAUUUGCCAAAGACUUUUCACAACGGGCGCAGACAUCAAAAGUUCUGUUUUUAUUGCAUUUACUAACCUGGCAUUGUCUUUUAUUCCGUGUGCCAGUGGGCGCAGCGCUGGCUGAAGGUUGAGGGGCAUUUGCCAGCUGCCGUUCAUGUCUCAAAAUGUUUCUGCUGUAGCUCCAGGGCUAGCUGCAAAAUGAAGUCCCUCCGAGUGAUUGUGUUGCCGGUGCACUCCUUGUACAAAACCAAAGUGUUGAUGGCUGCCAGGUCCAAAACAUUAUAAAAAAACAGCCACAGGCCACCUGCGAGUACACCUUUGACAGAAUACAGCCGUGCCAUUUGGUCCAGUAUAGCCACACCGUACUUCGUUGCAUUGUAAAAUGCAACAGUCUCUGGCUUUCGUUUAGCAUCAGUCCUGAUGGUCACUGAUCUGUGCAGAGAGCUUAGAAUACGGACAUUUUUUAUUUUUUUGCACCGUCACACUCAGGGUGGCACAGUCGUUCUGCCUGAGAAAUGCAGUGUAAAUAAUAAUAAUAAUAUAUGAUGUGUAGAAUGACUUUCAUUAGUGUUUCAGCACUCGACAGGAGUAUAAAUACGUUCUUUCACAAUGACUUUGAUUUUAUUACAAAGCCCAGAGUGAAUUGUCGGCUAUAUUGUCUUGAUUUCAAUAUGCCUCAUAAACUGCGGGUCUGGCGGUUGAAGAAGCAAGUGCUUAUAACUUAUUCAUUUUUAUGAUUCUGCAGCUGAAACACCGUAUUGGUAUUUAAUUCAAAUAUUUAGUAACACUUAAGAACGGACAUGUACGAGAUAUUCACAUACGGGGAGAUAUUUAAAUUUGAAUUGCAAAAGCUGUUCAAAAAGCGGCUAUGCCGGUGCUAGUGUUAAUCAAGAAAUCGGUGUGUAUUGAUUUUGGCAUUUGCAAGCGGUCGUUAUGCCUAUUUCGUUAUUAAAUAAUCGUCCUAAUGUGAUUGCCGAAAUUAUGUUGAUUUACGAAAUAAUGUUAAUACCUUAAUGGGCAUGGCGACUAUUUAUUUUAUUUGUGUGGGAAUUUAAAAGCAAAUCUGUGUUAAUUGUCGUUUAUCAGGAGUUAAUUUGCACUUGAAAGAAUAGAGUUUUAAUUAACGAAAGCGUAUAUAACUCACCUUGAAGCAAACACUUAACAGCCCACGGGACCAUGUUUCAUUUCUUACAGACUACCUUGAUAAUUCAAUAUUUGUAGUUUUGAAAAUAUUUUAGACUUUUCUAUACUUGCGGUUAUGAAUUAGAUUUAUUCACUUAUUUUAACCAUUUGUAACCUUACGGAACAUUUUGUUGUAUUGCUAAAAUGAUAUACAGUUAUUUGCACCCAGUGUAACGUUACUACCAAGAAAUUAUCAAUGCAACUGUAGCCUAUUUGAAUAUAUUUCAAUUAUACAACUGAAAUCUUGGUAUAGAAAAUGGCAUAUUAGAUAUUACUAUAAAAUGUCCUUAGGUGGUUCCGGAUUUGCAAUGUGUCCUUGGAUUUUAACCACUUCAACACCAUGAUGUACACACGUAUGUCAAAUGAAAACCCACUUACAGUACCAUGCCGAACCUGCGUACGUCAAGUUUCCCAUUCUAUUCUAUGAUCGGUUUCUCAGUCUAGCGUUUCAGGUUUCACUCCUUAAGGCAGUGCUAGUACUGUGGAAUGUGCAAUGAAAGUCGGGGGAGGGUCAGGUGACAUUUGUAUCCAAUCGCGUGUUGUGUAGAGAUUCCAAUCUACCUGUGGGCGUUUAGAAGACUGAGAUAUAUUGCGAGAAGCCAUUA